AUGAAGAUUGUCAUUGUUGGCGCCGGGAUCGCCGGAUGUGCAGCUUACCUGGAGCUGCAAAAGCACCUCCCGCGGCCUACCAAAUCCGAUGAACCUCAUGAGAUCACUAUCUACGAGGCAUACAAUACAAAAUUGAGCAUCACAGCUGAUGAAAGAACAGAGGAACACACACAUUCCUCUACAUUACUUGUUGGGGGUGGACUAGGCGUUGCACCCAAUGGCUUGAACGUAUUGAAACGCCUUGAUGAAGAGCUGCUGAAGGACGUUGUGCGUGGGGGCUACGUUACAACAAUUUCCAACAUGAAAAAUAAAAAUGGCUGGCCCCUUUUUUCGAUGAAAAGUGCUUCUUCGGAUGAGAACAACAACAAUCCCCCCCACAUGCUCGCGACUAGUCGCCACUCGCUUUGGACUGCUUUGCGGGGACGAAUUCCAGACCACCAUAUCAUCCACAAAAGAAUAUCCCAAGUUCUUGUCCGACCGGAUGGAAGGAACUUGAUUCACUUUGUCGAUAACACCCCUCCAGUGGAGGCGGAUCUGGUUAUCGGUGCGGACGGUGUCCGAGGUAUUGCUAAGCGAGCACUUUUCCCAGAUGCCGAAGAGGAUCCAUAUCCCCCGAACUAUGAAGGUCUCGUCGGGGUUGGGGGCUUCAUCCCUGCCGCAGAUGUAAAAGACAUCGUCGAACCGGGGUCCAUGAAUUUUGUAUUUGGUGGAAAUGGGUUCUUCGGAUACUUCUUUUCGGAAAGCUCCAUGUCUGCUGCUAACCGGGACUCGCCUUAUCACGUCUCUGAUCCAGGAGACUCCCUUGCUUGGUGGUCAACCUAUGAGAUCAAAGAAUGCCCUGAUUUGAAAACACUCGACAUGGACGACGUGACUCGGCAGCUGCGUGAGAGAUAUGCGAAUUGGAAGGAGCCUGUUGUGAAAAAAGUGAUUCAGUCCCUUCGGGUUAAAAACAUGUAUCCAACAUGGACUUUACCUACACUUCCAACGUGGGAGCGAGAUGGUGUCGUGCUCGUUGGAGACGCAGCACAUGCGCUUCCUUCAAGCUCUGGCCAAGGCUCUUCUCAAGCACUAGAGGAUGUUGAAGCCCUUGCUUUGCUUUUGGCCCAUCACCUCCAUAUGGGCAAUGCACGCCUAGAUGAGGUAGCACCAAAGGCCCAGAAGAAUGCGAUCAAGGCAGCCGCUUCACAGUAUGUGAACUUGCGUCAGCCGCACGUGAACGCAAUAUUGGAAUCUGCACAGAAGAUUCAGAACAGUAAGCGUGAAAUGGGCAUACUAAAGGAGUAUUUUAUGUAUGGGGUGAUGAAAAUAAUGGGACUCUUCCCUGGUCUUAUGAGCAAUCAGAUUCGCAUAGUGACGGAAUAUAACAUUGCAGAUGAUGUUGCGCGAAUAAUUGCCAGUGAUAACUGA